AUGUCUCCCUCAGGUGGACGGCGGCCCCUCAGCCUCCUCCUCCUGCUGCUCCUGGGGACAGGGAUGGCAGCGGGGAGCGCGCACUGCCCUAGCAGGUGCAGCUGUGGGUACCUGGAGGUGAACUGCACGGGGCAACAGUUGCAGGAGUUCCCCGCAGCCAUCCCGCUGGACACCAGGCAGCUGAUUCUGGCAGCCAACAACGUCUCCUACCUGCCAGCAGUGGAGUUGAGCUUCCUGGCUGAUCUGGUCUACCUGGACUGCCAGAAGAACCUCUUAGGGGACGACCUGGAUUUCACUUUCAUCGGUGUGGCCAAGCUUGUCUACCUGGACCUCAGCUUCAACAACCUCACGCAGGUCACCUUCGGCACCUUCUCGCAGCUCCUCAGCCUGGUGGUGCUGAAGAUCUCGGACAACCCCAACCUUGUAGCGAUCGAGAAGGAUGCUUUUGCCAACAACACCUGGCUGAGGCACCUGGAUGUGAGCCGGACUGGCUUAACGUUUCUGGACACCAGCACCGUCCGGGACCUGCCCAACCUGAGGUUUCUGGGGCUCAGUGACAACCCGUGGCACUGCAACUGUUCCUUUUUGGACUUCAUCACCUGGAUGACAGACACCAACGUGCAUUUCCCAGAUGCUGACAACAUCACCUGCUACACACCAGAAGCCUUUCGUGCCUUGAAGUUGCCUGCGGCGGAGGUACAGCUGCACUUCAGCUGCCUGACCCAGCUGCACAAGCAGGACUACAUCUUCCUGUGUUUCGUUGGCUUCUGCAUAUUCUUUGCUGGCACCGUGGCAGCCUGGCUGGCUGGCGUCUGUGCCGUCAUCUACCAAGUCCACACUUCGAAGGGGGAGGAGGACGAGGAGGAGGAGGACGACACAGUCGCUUAG